UUUUAGAGCCAAAGGGAAAAUAUCCAGCCGUCACAAGAAAAGUCGCACACGAUCAGAUCAAGUCAUGAUCACUUGUUAACCAAAAGCCAACACAUCUAGGUCACCGCGUGCAAGAACAGAUCCCAUAAGUCGAAAAGCAAAGGAAGAAGCGCCCAUUCCUUUUUGGGAAGGUUCUCACAGCAGAGCAGAGGAAUCACCAAUCCAGGGGAAGGAGGAGGAGGAGGAGAUGGAGGAGAGGGGGAAGGUGGUGUGCAUGGCGAAGCUGGCCGAGCAGGCGGAGAGAUACGAUGAUAUGGUGAAUUUUAUGAAGAAGCUUGCUAGGAUGGAUGUGGAUAUGAGCGCUGAAGAGAGGCAUUUAUUUUCAGUUGGUUUUAAGAAUACAAUUGGUGCAAGGAGGGCAUCAUGGAGAAUCCUUUCUUCACUUGAGCAAAAGGUGGCAGUGGGUGAGCAGGCUGGCCAGAUGAUAAGUGUCUACAGAACGAAAGUUGAGGAUGAACUAAGGAUGGUUUGCAAUGAAAUAUUGUCAAUCAUCGCUAUUCAUUGCCUUCCCUUGGCUAAUGCGGGUGAAAACGUUGUGUUCUUUCAUAAAAUGAAAGGUGACUACUACCGUUACCUGGCUGAAUUUAGCACUGGGGCUGAAAAGAAGUCUGCGGCUGAUCAAUCACUCAUGGCCUAUCAGCGAAUGUUGCUGCAGCAUGCCAUGGUUGUCGCCUCCACUGAGCUUUCACCUGCUCAUCCAGUCAGGCUUGGCCUUGCGCUCAAUUUCUCAGUGUUCUUUUAUGAGAUAAUGAACUUUCAUCAGAG